AUGAAUCAGACAUUAACAAGCAGGCAGUUCUUCAGUGUGCUGGCAGAAGAUAUUUUUAAUUUGGAAAAAUACAUUAAACAUCAAUUUACAGAAUUGCACCAGUUUCUCCUAGACAAGGAACAACAACUCAUCCAGCAACUGAAGAAUAACAAAGUAAAUACUCUAAAGUGGAUGGAAGGAAAUCUCAAUUGCAUUAAACAAGAGAUCGUUACUUACCUUGUGACGGACUCCAAUGGCAACUUGGAGGACAAGAUUAAAGAAGAGGACAGCCUGAAAAUAAUGGAAGAAAAUGUUACAUCUGUUGAAAAUGAUGCUGUGGCCAUUAAGAACAUUAGUCACAGCAACAUGGAGAUCAGACGACCAGAACCUGUGGGUUUGCUGACAGAAGAUAUUUUUAAUUUGGAAAAAUACAUUAAACAUCAAUUUACAGAAUUGCACCAGUUUCUCCUAGACAAGGAACAACAACUCAUCCAGCAACUGAAGAAUAACAAAGUAAAUACUCUAAAGUGGAUGGAAGGAAAUCUCAAUUGCAUUAAACAAGAGAUCGUUACUUACCUUGUGACGGACUCCAAUGGCAACUUGGAGGACAAGAUUAAAGAAGAGGACAGCCUGAAAAUAAUGGAAGAAAAUGUUACAUCUGUUGAAAAUGAUGCUGUGGCCAUUAAGAACAUUAGUCACAGCAACAUGGAGAUCAGACGACCAGAACCUGUGGGUUUGCUGACAGAAGAUGUUUUUAAUUUGGAGAAGUACAUUAAACAACAAUUUGCAGAAUUGCACCAGUUUCUCCUAGACAAGGAACAACAACUCAUCCUGCAGCUGAAGAAUGACGAAGCAAAUACUCUAAAAUGGAUGGAAGGAAGUCUUGAGUGCAUUAAACAAGAGAUCGUUACCUACCUUGUGACGGACUCCGAUGGCAACUUGGAGGACAAGAUUAAAGAAGAGGACAGCCUGAAAAUAAUGGAAGAAAAUGUUAAAUCUGUUGAAAAUGAUGCCGUGGCCAUUAACAGCAUUAGUGACAGUAAUUGGGAGAUCAUACAACCGGAACCUGUUGGUUUGCUAACAGUACCAGAAACCUUUGAAGAUGUCACUGUUACUUUCACAGAAGAGGAGUGGAAGUUGUUAAGGAAACAAGAUAAGGAGCUGUACAGGGACGUGAUGGUACAGAACUACGAAACCUGUGUUUCUGUUGGAUACAAAAUUCCUCCAGAGAAGUUAUUACAACUAUUUAAAGCAGAUGAAGUUCCAAAGGAUAUUGUGACGGGAAUAAAUAUCAGGAAGCAGAAGGAUAAUUUUGAAGAAAACUUCAACAGUAUGUAAAUAAUUUAUUAAUUGUAUUUUACAUAAAUUUGUUCUUUUCAACUGAUGUUUUAAAUAUUUUAGGAAAAGUGAA